AUGGAGCCGGCCCGGGAGCCCCCCGCGCGCACCCGGCCGCCGCCGCCUCCCGCCGUUCGCCCUGCGCCAGCCCCUGCCGCCCCCAGGCCGCGCUCGCCCGCCGAGGCGGAGGGCCGCGGUCCAGAGGGGCUGCUGCGGCGAUCGGGGUCGGGCUAUGAGGGCAGCACCAGCUGGAAAGCGGCCUUGGAGGACACCACCACGCGUCUCCUGCUGGGGGCCAUUGCAGUGCUUCUGUUCGCCAUCCUGGUGGUGAUGAGCAUCUUGGCCUCCAAGGGCUGCAUCAAGUGCGAAGCGCCCUGCCCAGAGGACUGGCUGCUAUACGGAAGGAAAUGCUACUUCUUCUCGGAGGAACCGAGAGACUGGAACACGGGCCGGCAGUACUGCCACAGCCACGAGGCGGCACUUGCUGUGAUCCAGAGUCAGAAAGAGCUGGAAUUCAUGUUCAAGUUCACACGGAGGGAGCCCUGGAUCGGCCUGCGCAGAGUGGGGGACGAAUUCCACUGGGUCAAUGGGGACCCGUUUGACCCGGACACGUUCCCCAUCGCGGGCCCUGGGGAGUGCGUCUUCGUGGAGCCCACCAGGCUGGUGUCAACAGACUGCCUGAUGACCCGGCCCUGGGUGUGCAGCAAGAUGGCCUACACGUGAGGUGGGUCAUGCCAGAGGCCACCCUGCAACCAGGCUCUGAGACCUGCUGGCCUGGGGCUCCGCUCCAAGGCGAAGCAGCAAGGAGGAUGCUCUCUGCCCCUGGGUGCUCUCCCCCAGCCCCCGAAUCCUGGUCCCUGGUCCCCUUGGCCCCAGGCAGGCCCUGUGGCUCAGCAGUCAACUCCCACAAGCUCAGUAGUAUGUAGGCACGCGUCCCCAAACACACACACACAUCAACGCACUUGCUCAUGCACACGCGUGCACACAGCGCCCGCUCAAGUUCACAGUCUACCCUUCGUCAGCCCAGCAGGUCUCUCCCUGGCCCCACCCUGGAGCAUUCCUUCCUCUGGAGGCCCUGGUGCUCUGAGGAAGGCUGGGGGCUGACAGACUGCCGUACUGUCUGCACACACGGAACCCCUCCCCAGGCAUCUCUCUCCUGGCUCCUGGGGAGGCAGGAAGGGCAGCCCCUCACCUGGCCCCUGCAUCCACCCCUCUGGCCUUGCGCGGGGUCUCAGGAAGGCCCCUGCUGGGUCCGUGGUGCUGCUCUGUUGGUCACCGGUGGAAUAAAGAGAUGA